AUGAAGGCGUCCGCGGUUCCCGAGACGCGCGAGGGCGCGCGGAAGAUUGUUUUGUUGAGUGGAUUCGAGAGUUUUAACGUCGCGCUGUACAAGGCGUCGGCGCGAGAUUUGAAGAAACGAUACCCUCACGUUGAUUUGUUAGUGUUUAGCGAUCGCGAUAUCGAGGGAAGACGAGAGGAGUUGGAAGCCGCGCUCGACGGCGCGGAUGUCUUCUUCGGGUCGUUGUUGUUCGAUUACGAUCAAGUCGAGUGGUUGCGCGCGCGCAUCGCAGAUAUUCCCUUGCGAUUUGUGUUCGAGUCCGCCCUCGAGCUCAUGAGCUGCACAUCCGUCGGUUCUUUCCAAAUGGCGGCACCGAGCGGGCAAAAGGCGGGACCGCCGCCGGCAGUGAAAGCCGUGCUCGCCAAGUUUGGAAGCGGCAAGGAGGAGGACAAGCUCGUCGGCUACUUGUCGUUCUUGAAGAUCGGCCCACAACUUUUGAAGUUUGUUCCCGGGGAUAAGGCGCGUGAUCUGAAGAAUUGGCUCACGGUGUACGCGUACUGGAACCAAGGCGGCAAAGAAAACGUUGAAGAAGCGUUCGCGUAUCUUGCGUCAGAGUACUUGGCCCCGCCCGGUGACGAGAACAAGCCGAAAUCGUUCAUAGAACGGAUCUUCGGUGUCUCUGGCGCGCCAAAACCUCCCGUGGAAACUCCGGCGCUGGGUCUCUAUCAUCCGCAACGCGAGCGAGAAAAGAUGCCGUACUUCGAGACGAUCGCGUCCUACCUUGAUUGGCACGCUCGGACGCGUUCCCACAAAGUUCCAGCGGGUGCCCCGCGCGUGGCUAUGCUUCUUUACCGUAAGCACGUCAUCACGAAGCAGCCAUAUCUUGCGGAUUUAGUCGAAUCAUUCGAAGACUCCGGCGUUCUGCCGAUUCCAAUUUUCAUCAACGGCGUCGAGGCGCACACCAUUGUGCGCGACAUGCUGACGUCUGAAUACGAACAACAAAGACGCGCUGAAGGCGUCGUAGAGGUCGAUUCUUUGAAGCAAGACGCCACAGUUGUAGACGCCGUGGUUAGCACGGUCGGAUUUCCUCUCGUCGGCGGCCCCGCGGGAAGUAUGGAGGCGGGUCGGCAGGCUGAAGUUGCGCAAGGUAUCUUGGGAGCGAAGAACAUUCCGUACUUCGUCGCCGCGCCGUUGUUGAUUCAAGACAUCGCUUCCUGGGUUCGAAGUGGCGUUGGUGGUUUACAAAGUACAAUUCUCUACGCGUUGCCAGAACUUGACGGCGCGAUCGACACGGUCGCGCUCGGUGGGUUGUGCGGCGACAACAUUUACCUCACUCGCGAGCGCGUCUUUGCGCUUUCAAAUCGUCUGAAGCAAUGGCACAGUUUACGCAAAACCAAGCGAGAUGAGCGCAAAAUCGCAGUGAUGAUGUACGGAUUCCCCCCGGGCGUCGGUGCCACGGGUACGGCGGCGUUACUAAACGUGCCGAAUUCUUUAGAAAACAUGUUACAGUCGCUCAAAGCUGAAGGGUACUACCUCGGCGACGCCGACGAGCUCCCCACGGGCGAGUCCAUCGUCAAAGCUUUGCGUACGUUGGAAGAAAACGCCACAAUCAUGGCUGGUUACGAUGGAGCGGUGAACGCGGUGAGCGACAUGGCGAAAGGCGAACCCGACGUACUCGUAAAAAAGAUGGAAGCGGCGUGGGGACCGCUCGAAAAUUACAUCGGACUUGCGACUGCGCCAGGCAAAGGGAGCGUCGUCACUGGUCUCCAGCUUGGUAACGUCUUCAUCGGCAUUCAACCUGCGCUCGGCGUGGAGGGCGAUCCGAUGCGAUUGUUGUUUGAGCGCGAUCUCACGCCGCAUCCGCAGUACGCCGCGUAUUACAAAUGGCUUCAAAACGAGUUCAAGGCGAACGCGAUCGUUCACUUCGGCAUGCAUGGUACCGUCGAGUGGCUCCCGGGUUCGCCGCUCGGGAACACGAGCUUGUCGUGGAGCGAACAGUUGUUGGGCGCGAUGCCGAAUGUGUACGUAUACGCCGCGAACAAUCCUAGUGAAAGCAUCAUCGCGAAGCGACGCGGAUACGGAGUCAUCAUUUCGCACAACGUGCCACCGUACGGACGCGCCGGCUUGUACAAGCAAACCGCGCAGUUGCGUGAAAUUUUGAACGAGUAUAGGGAAAAUCCCGACGAGAACAGCGCUUUGCGCACGUCCAUCUUUGACAUGGUGACUGCGGCUGGAUUAGACAGCGACUGCCCUUACGUCGACGCACAAACGAGCGAGCAUGUUCGCAUGACGCCGGAAAUGGCGGAGUCUCUCUCUCAGAAAGACUUCGAUGCGUAUGCCAGCGAGCUCUACACGUACCUUGGCGUUCUGGAAAAUCGACUCUUCAGCGAAGGCUUGCAUUCGCUCGGCACCGCGCCGACGCGCGAGUCAAUGACACAGUAUCUUAGCGCGUACUUUGACGGUGAUAUCGAAGCGGGCCUGAUCGAUGAAAUUAUUCGUGAUCUGCUCUCGAUGAACACAGAAGAGAUCACGGGUAUGCAUCGAGCCCUGGACGGCGAAUGGGUGCCUCCGGCAGUGGGUGGUGAUUUGUUGCGCGACGGUAAAGGAGUCCUUCCAACCGGAAGGAACAUUCACGCACUCGAUCCGUACCGCAUGCCAUCGGCCGCCGCCGCCACGCGCGGCGCCGCAGUGGCGGAUGCCAUUCUGAAACAACAUCAAGACGCAAACGACGGUGCGUAUCCAGAAUCAGUCAGCGUAAAUUUGUGGGGACUCGACGCGAUCAAAACGAAAGGAGAGAGCGUCGGCAUAGUUUUGCAACUCGUCGGCGCUCGAGCGGUGAAAGAAGGCACCGGUCGCGUCGUGCGAUACGAACUGAUUCCUCUCAGCGAGAUGAAUGGGCGUCCGCGCGUCGAUGUUUUGUGUAACAUGUCUGGCAUUUUCCGGGACAGCUUUGCAAGCGUCGUUGGUUUGUUGGAUGACCUCUUCGUUCGAGCGGCUGAGGCGGACGAGCCGAUUGAGAUGAACUUCAUUCGCAAACACUCGAGAGAGAUGCAAAGCGAGGGGAUCGAGAACACCACCGCACGCUUGUUCAGCAACCCUCCCGGAGACUACGGUUCCAUGGUGAACGAACGCGUCGGAACGAGUGGAUGGGAGGACUCUCGCGAGCUUGGAGAUACGUGGGCGUCGAGAAACGCGUACUCGUACGGCAAAGGCGACGAACGCGGCACCGCGCGACCAGAAGUUUUACAAUCGCUCUUACGCACCACCGAGCGCGUGGUUCAGGAAAUCGAUUCUGUAGAGUACGGUCUGACCGACAUCCAAGAGUACUACGCCAACACGGGCGCGCUCGUCGCCGCAGCCAAGGCCGCGAAGGAAGACGCGGGCGUGAAAAAUCCCGACGUCGCGUGCUCCAUCGUCGAGACUUUCGGUAAAGACGUCACCCCGAAAGAUCUCGACGAGACGCUUCGCAUGGAGUACCGCACGAAACUACUCAACCCGCGAUGGGCGACCGCGAUGGCGGACCAAGGAUCGGGCGGUGCGUACGAAAUUUCCCAACGCAUGACCGCGCUCGUGGGCUGGGGCGCCACGAGCGGGUUCGCCGAGAACUGGGUGUACGACGGCGCGCACGAAACCUACGUCGAAGACGAAGAGAUGCGUGACAAGCUGAGAAAAUCGAACCCGCAGGCGUUCAGGAACGUCGUCAAGCGCAUGCUCGAAGCCGCCGGUCGCGGAAUGUGGGACGCCGACGAGGAGACUCUCGAGAAUUUACGCGAGCUUUUUUCAGACGUCGAAGACGAAAUGGAAGGCGUUCAGCUCGCCAAAGCCAAGAAGUAGGCGAACGCGACGCGCGCGAAUCACGCACCUAACACAUGUACGAACA